AUGCGUUCAGCUGUAGCUUUCUUUGCGUUCACAAUUUUAUUAGUCGCGGUGUCAGCGCGGAUAGACCCUAAAAACUUGAAGUGCUUAGUAUGCCGGACGACCUUCGAGGAGCUUAACGAUGUGAUAAAAAAAGUAGAUAAAUGGAAAAAAGUCGAUGUGGGCAACUUCAGGAUGGAUGCUAGUGGCAACACGAUGCAGGAGAAGGUGCCAGCACACCGCUCAGCUGUGUACAUCUCCGAACUGAUUGAUGAAAUCUGUAAAAAGAUGGACGAUUACGUGAGAGUGUACUACAAGGCGACCAACAAGUUGGCUAUCAUGCAGCUGAUCACCAAAGACGGUGGCAUGAACCCUGACUUCUCCAAGACCAAGUUUGUCACUGACGAUGAUCUGAAUAAGAGUUUGGAGUACUAUUGCGAGCGUAUGUUCGAGGAGAAUGAGGACGAGAUCACAUCGUUGUACAAGAACAGGCCAGAUGACGACAUCAUGCCGGACGCUGAGAGAGAGAUCUGCUUCAACCACGCCCAGUACUGCGAGGAGUGGAUGUUGCCCACCGAGGAGGAUACCACGUGGACACAUGAGAUGGAGGCCGAAUAUGUCAAGGUUCAUGGACCAGAUCCCUAUGGUUUUGGUGGUCUGCCACCCCAGUCGCAGAUGCCAGAUGUCAGCGCAGACUAUGAUGACGAAGACGCACAGGGCGAUGACUUUGACAUCCCAGCAGAAAAGGAUGAGCUAUAA